AAAAUUAAAAGAAACCUUCCCCCCACCCACAUAAAUUAGAAUUCUUUAAUAGCUACGAGUCUACCACCAAUCGAUAGCUUUUCAGCAACACUUGACCAGCCAAUAUGCUGAUGUCUAGAACCCUACGUGCUGAGACUCGAUCUCGAGGAAAAGACGAUACUAAACGGCCUAUGCAAGCAGUUGACAAAGUUAGAAGAUGGGAGAAAAGAUGGAUGACAAUAACUGACACUACAAUGAAAAUAUAUAAAUGGGUACCUGUCAUAUCAGAGGACCGAAAGAAAAAUCGCCAUUUAAGCAUGCUGAUGAGCAGCAACAAAGAGAAUGCAUCACGGAGCUGUAGUCGGGAAAACAGCAUGCAAAUUGGGGAAGACUCAAACACAGGAUUUUCAACAAUGAGCGAUUCACAAGACGUGGUUGAUUUUUCAUCGACACAAUUUCACAUGUCAGAAGACUCGAAUUCUGAACAUCCUUUCAAGAAAUGAUUAAGGCUAAGUAUUGCUUCAACCAUUCUGUGGUCAACUAAAUGACUCGUGCACCAAUUCCUUCUAAACGUUGAAUGACAGCGUGUCAUUGUACACAGCCGCACGUGUACAGUUUAAAUUAAUUUUAAGUGCUUUCAUAAUGCUCACGUAUUAGAUCUUAGUUCUGUCUUAUUUUUGUUAGUUUUACUAGUCUGUUUGUAGGUAGUAUCUAUGUUUAGAAUUUUUCAGACUAUAAAGGGCGACAUUCUUUUACUUGUUGAUAAAUUUAUGAGAUUCCUUAAAUAAUGUAUUAUGUUUUUUUGGCAAUCUUGUAGAAAUUUCAAGUGAGGUAGGAGGGAUUUCAUAAAACUAACGCCUAUGGAUAAGUAAAGUAAUGUUUUUAUGUUCAUUAAAUGCGUGACAUUUAAAUUUGGAAUGACGCUGCCAUGUGUCUCUAAUUAUUUCCAUGAUUGUCAAAUAAAGCUUUAUUUAGGGAAA